UUCUUUUAAAUGCAACAUCACCUCCCUAGAGUGACGUACACAUGUAAACAUUGUGUAACAAAUCAUGGCUGCCGUCUUGGUGAGGACUCUGUCUAAGUCUUGCAGACAGCUCGCUCGGUCAUGGAUUGGAUGCCAGCCAGGCUGGAGGAGCAGGUCUACCAAAUCUGCGCUGGAGUUGGACUCGGUCCAGACGACCGGGAUGGUGAGCUUCCCUCCCUUGCAGUCAUAUUCAGAAGAGGAGAGUAUGAUGAGGGAAUCGGUGAAAAAGUAUGCACAAGAACGUAUUGCUCCCCUUGUGGCGAAGAUGGAUGAGCAAUCAUUUAUGGAUGAAGCAGUGAUCAACUCUCUUUUUGAACAGGGCCUCAUGGGCAUUGAGAUCGACCCGGAGUAUGGGGGCACAGGCUCGACGUUCUUCUCCUCCAUCCUCGUCAUUGAAGAGCUGGCGAAGGUGGAUGCAUCCGUAGCAGUGCUGUGCGAUAUCCAGAAUACCCUAAUCAACACUCUUUUCAUGCAACUGGGCACAGCAGCUCAGAAAGAAAAGUACCUUAACAGGCUUUCCACAGACAUGAUCGGCAGUUUUUGCCUGUCCGAGGCCGAAUCAGGCAGCGAUGCCUUCGCCCUGAAGACGCGUGCGGAAAAGCACAAGGACUACUAUGUCAUCAAUGGUUCCAAGAUGUGGAUCAGCAAUGCGGAAAAUGCUGGCGUGUUCCUGGUUAUGGCCAAUGUGGACCCCUCGGCAGGUUACAGGGGCAUCACCUGCUUCAUCGUCGACCGGGAAACGGAAGGCUUGGAAAUCUGCAAGAAGGAAAAUAAGCUCGGCCUGCGCGCAUCCUCAACUUGCCCACUCAACUUUGACAACGUCAAGGUGCCCGAGAAGAACAUCUUGGGCAAAAUUGGUCAAGGGUACAAGUACGCUAUCGGAAUGCUGAAUGAGGGCAGGGUUGGAAUCGCGGCCCAGAUGUUGGGGCUUGCACAAGGCUGCUUUGACCACACGGUUCCUUACACAAGGCAGAGAGUGCAGUUUGGAAAAAGGAUCUUUGACUUCCAGGGCAUGCAGCACCAAAUAGCUCACGUGGCAACGCAAAUCGAAGCCGCACGCUUGCUGACGUAUAAUGCCGCUCGUCUGAAGGAAGCAGGCAGACCAUUUAUCAAAGAGGCUUGCAUGGCUAAAUAUUUUACUGCUGAGGUGGCAACGUUGACCACGUCCAAAUGUAUCGAAUGGAUGGGUGGGGUGGGCUUCACCAAAGACUACCCCAUUGAGAAAUACUACAGAGACUGUAAAAUUGGUACUAUCUACGAGGGCACGACAAACAUCCAGCUGUCUACUAUGGCCAAAUUCAUUGAUAAAGAGUAUGACGUUUAAAAUGAUCUUAACCUGGAGCCUGAUAGAUUGCACUACUAAGACUGCCAUGUUACACUCCCUAUGUUUAUUCUCGUUGCGUGUCACAUGACAAUUGAAACGGACUAUGUCGUAGUCUCUGCAUCCCUACAAGAUAUGGAUUUAUGUUACAUUUUGCAACUUUUAAUAUCCCUUUUUGCGGUUCAGUGUGGUCAUCGAGUUCCCUAUUAUUAUCAUUUGACCAUGAAAUGUAUCGCAGUAGGAAUUAAUUCUCUUCAUUUGAAUUUUUCAGUGCCUUUGCUGUGCCCAACGAUUAUAGCAGUUUAUACUCAAAAUACUGGAUUUCAAGUACCGUAAUACUCAUGGAUUAAACAAGUAAUUGUAAACCUACAUGAGACUAGUCAUUCUUUAUAUCACUUAUCUUUACUAGACAUAAAUUCUAAUAAUAAUAAGAGGAACUGUUCCAAAAACACUGUACGGCCUGGUCUACAUGGAAAACUGUGGAAUGGAAUGCUGUGAUUGCAGACUCUUCAUUUUGACUGGGAUCGCUGCCAACCCCUCACAGUUCAAAUCGAUUGGACUAGGGGCGUCACAAAGUUUUAAGAACAGGGGAGGGCUUAGCCCCCAGGAGAUGCACGGGAUGGAAGUGAACGUAGCGUACAAGCACAAAACUUCACAAACAGCUAAUAAAGACCGAUCUUAUAUUCAUUAUUAUUUUUGUUGUUGUCUCAGUCAGUUUGUUUAUACAGUAGAACAACAUGGAAAAAGUGGCUACAGUUGCAAGUUACUUGGUAGAUGGAAGCAUCCAAAAGAAUGCCGUCUAUUUUUAAGGGUGGCAAAUCGGUCUAUUACUCUGACUCCUACAUGUCAAACAAGGUGGUGGAGUUAUUAUUAUCAAGGCCGGCCCAGCCGAUACGCAGACUAUGCAGCUGCUUAGGGCCCCUGACCACUAGGGGGCCCCCCCAAUCUGGCAACCUCAUUUUUUACGUUGUUAAUAGAGCAUCGUGAAUAAUGUGGCACGCAUUGCCGUUUAUCAAUGCAAACAUCAGUUUACUACAGUUUGCUUUAUUUGACUUUUGUGAGUUUUGAUACUUGAUUACAAGCUUAAAAAAUAAAAGUUCUUCAUUAACUUCUUUCUUUUCCUCUUUUGGAAAACGGUUUGGCGCUAUCUACUGUAAGUACUGACAAUCAUUUGGGGUGAGAAGUUUGAAGUAUGCAGUGCAACAAAAUCUGAUUAAUAUAUAAAAUAUGGACGUAUGGGUUGGAUUGCAUGUAUGGGUUUCACAGUACACUGUGACGAAAUGGUGGGCCAAAAAUAUGGGCCCCUUGGCAUUAUUUUUCUUAGGGCCCCCAAAUGGCCUGGGCCAGCCCUGAUUAUUAUUAGUGUAUUAUUAUGAUUAUCCACUGAUGAUAAUCAUACGCAAAUGAGCUCAGCUUCUGUACUCAUCUAUGCGUAAAGUGAGAAAUACAGCUGAUACUCCAGAAGGAAGUCACCCCAAAGAUAGUGUUGAAAAGUGUGCACACUUAACUCUAUAAACAAACAGGACCUUCACAAUGCAUUUCAGACUAACUAGCUUGCAGCAGCUAAGUAGCAGCCUUAUUUUAAAGCUGGGAUGUAACUUUUGACCACAAAAAAAAAAAAAAAAAAAAAAAAAAAAGGUAAGACAUGCGCAGAAAUUGUCUGUAGUGUGCAAGCUAGCUUUUUAUUUGUCAAACACGGAGCAGUUGGUUUAUUAAUGUCAUGGGACUUUUUGCUGUUAGUCGGGGGCUGGAGCUAACUGUUACUAUUAGCAGUGAUAAAUACUUACGUUCUUGGAAAAUCUUAUCUUAUAACCAUCCUUCAUCCAUCUAUUCACGCUUUGCUCUGUGUGCGUCAGAGGUACACACAUAGAUGCCAGUACGGUACUGACUGCGAGGAAGGUCACAGGGACAAUGCGGACUGUAUUUU